UCUGGUAAAUAAACCUUUUCAAACAUCUUACACGUUUUGAUCUAGAUGUACAUAAACAUUAUGUUUGCCACAUAACAUCUUUUGAAAUGAUUGUCUACGAAGUUUUUCUCUUCUUUUUAUUCUCGAAUGUUCUCCUCGGUGAAUCAAAUGGAGCAAGACUACAAGGUGGAGCUGGUCCAUUCCAUAAUCGCAGUGAGCAUUUCAACCCAAUAAACUCUUGUAACGAUUUGGAUGCUUGCCUACCGCAGGGGAAAAAUCUUGAGAUAUUUUGCUGGCAAAGCUUUGAUUACGCUUACUGUGCCUAUAAUAUAACACAAAACAAAGAUUGCCAUCCAGGUUUAGUCCGAAUAGCCGAACACCUGCUCGAAGUACUAGAACAAAAUGGAGAGUUCAAAAGAUGUGGAUACUCUCCAGAUCCGAAUUCAGUCGUCGGGUUUUCGUUUGACAGAAGCAGAUUGGACCUCGUACCUUGCUAUGAUUUUUAUAUUUAUCAGGAAGAACCACUAACACGGGACCGCUACCAGAAAGUGUGUUUUAUUCUCGACGGGUGUUGGGAUAAACAAAACCCAACCUGCGAUGAGUGGAAUCGGAUGUUGUACUGCUGUGUGGCGAUAAUGCAGAACUCAAGAUGCAGGAUCUACAGAGGGCGGCUGGCUUUAGAUAAUUGGAGGAUAUUUAAACAGAAAGGCGUUAUGGAUAUGUGCGGAUUAGGCUAUAGCCCACAGGCGGACUACGUUUCCUACCACUUUGAAAACAAACAUGACAUCAAAUGCUACAAUUUAAGCACAAUUCAAGGCUUUGAGUAUUCAACCAACACGAAUCAACCAACAGUUAUUAAAGGAAACACUUGGUUUGUUGUGCUGGCGAUAGGGAUCAUCCCCGUUCUUGUCAGUAUGUGAGACCUAAAGCCACUCUCUGAGGAAUAUGUUUCCUUACCAGCAGUAAAAAAAAGUAAAAAAAAUGGCAAAAGUGUUGAUCAAAACUUACCAAAGGCAAAUAAAGUAUUAGCAUUAAUUAAAAUUCAACAUAAAUAACAACAUUCUGAUUUGAAAGAUCAUUAUCAAAUCAACCAAAUAUCCAAUUACUUUAGUAAAAAAGCUACUUUCAGUAUGAUUAGAACAUUUAAUUAAAAUAAUGUAUAUCAAGAUACU